AGCAUGAGGAGGGAUAAUCAGAGCAGUGUGUCCGAGUUCUUCCUCCUGGGGCUCCCCAUCCAGCCAGAGCAGCAAGGCAUGUACUACGCCCUGUUCCUGGGCAUGUACCUGACCACGGUGCUGGGGAACCUGCUCAUCAUCCUGCUCAUCAGGCUGGACUCUCGCCUGCACACCCCCAUGUACUUCUUCCUCAGCCACUUGGCCCUCACCGACAUCUCUUUCUCCUCAGUCACGGCCCCAAAGAUGCUCAUGAACAUGCUGACGCAGACUCAAUCCAUCUCCUAUGCUGGAUGCCUCUCCCAGUCAUUUUUUUUCUUAUUGUUUGGGGGUCUUGACAGCUUCCUUCUGACCUCAAUGGCCUAUGACAGGUAUGUGGCCAUCUGUCACCCCCUGCACUACACCACCAUCAUAAGCCAGAGCCUCUGUUUCCUGCUAGUGGUUGUGUCCUGGGUCUUGUCUUCUGCUGGUGCCCUUGUGCACACCCUCCUCCUAGCCCGUCUCUCUUUCCUUAGAGGCAACACCCUUCACCACUUCUUCUGUGACCUCUCUGCCUUAGUGAAGCUGUCCAGCUCUGACACCACCAUCAAUCAGCUGGUCAUCCUCACUGUAGGAUUAGCGAUUGUUACCCUGCCAUUCAUAUGCAUUCUAAUCUCCUAUGGCCACAUUGGGGCCAGUGUCCUGAGAAGACCCUCCAUCAAGGGCAUCUGCAAAGCCUUGUCCACAUGUGGCUCCCACCUGUCUGUGGUUUCUCUGUACUAUGGAGCCAUUAUUGCACUCUACUUUGUCCCCUCAUCCAAUAACUCUAGUGACGAGGAUGUCAUUGUGUCUGUGUUUUACACUCUGGUCACCCCCAUGCUGAAUCCCUUCAUCUACACUCUGAGGAAUCGAGAUAUCAAAGGGGCUCUGAGAAUUAUUCUCAGCAGAGGCGCGUUGUCAGCGUGA